UCUACACGACAAAUUCAACAUGAUGACAUCUCCAAACUUUGCUAUUUUAGUGGUGUAUUUGCUCUUGGGGAAAAUGGCUGAGAUGAACCAUCUUGUUCUGUCCACAACUGCUCAUCAAGACAUUGGAUUUAUAUCAGCUAAUGUUGGUGACAACGUGACUUUGUCAUGUUUAUUCACCAGAGAUGAUUUUAAACUUCACUGGUACAAGCAAACACUGGGUCAGAAGCCACAGCUUAUCUGUGUUGUACAAAAUACUGGCAAAAUGCACACUUUUUAUAAUGAGUUUAGACAAAAUCCACGCGUCUCACUUCAAACUGAUGCUGGUUUGAAUCACUUAAACAUUUCUGAUGUUCAACUUUCAGACUCAGCGACUUACUUUUGUGUAAGCGUUCGGUCAGUUUGGUUUGAAUUUAAAGAAGUCAUCACUGUGAGUGUGGAGGGUUCAAGGUGGAAUCUUCACCCUCUGGUCCAUCAGUCAGAGUCACAAAGACUUCAGCCAGGAGAUUCUGUCACUCUCAACUGUACAGUUCACACAGGAGCAUGUGCUGGAGGAGAACACAGCGUUUACUGGCUCAAGAACUCUCAAGAACCUCACCAUGGAACCAUUUACACCAAAGGAAACAGAAGUGAUCAGUGUGAGAGGAAACCCAACACUCAAACACACACCUGUGUCUACAAAUUACCAAUGAACAGUGUGAAUCUCUCUCAUGCUGGGACCUACUACUGUGCUGUCGCCGCAUGUGGACAUAUACUGUUUGGGAACGGGACCAAACUGGACUUUAAGGAUGAGGUCAAUCAUGAUUUACUCGUAUAUUCAGCAGUCUCCACCCUGCUGAGUGUUUUACUGGCUUUCUCAAUCUGCAUCAUUAACAAGAGAAACAACAGCUCCAGUGCAGAUUCUCAUGCCAUGCGCUCACAGUCCUCCAAAACACACACAAAGACUCACCAGAAUGAAGACGCCCUGAAGAGACUUGUGAGAGAGGCGGACGACACCUGGACUGUGUGUGUUUACUCUGUUGUAAUACAGUAGAGCUGGACACCUUGUAACUGUAUCACUGUUAAACAUGCAUGUUCACAUUAUUGUUGCUUUAUGUCUGUGGCUACGAUUACCAUGAAAUACUUUUAGCUUUGCAUAUGAUUCUACGAUGACAUGAUUGUAUGACGUGACCUCAGUUUCUAACCCCUCACCUUGCUGUAAUCUCAACAAAACAGUUUUUCUAAUGACAAUAUAUGAAGUGUAUAUAUAGACUGUGUUUUCAACCACAAACAUUGAUCUGAGAGUGCACUUCUCAGUGGAGGGAACACAACCCGCUAAAAAAAGGCACUUUCUCACAAACCCGAGAUUCUGCCGUGCACAAAACCAGACUACAUGUAAAACGCCACAACCACAUGCAACAUGCAGUCAUCUUUAUUCACACAUAUGUGGAACCAGCAGCACACAAAACCCAUCAGAUUGUGUUUUAAGGUUUACUUGACUUCACAUCAUCACAUCGGUUAAGACUUUACUGAUCUCAAAACACUGGUUUGGUACACAAACAUCAAUCAGCUCAGGCAAACAAAUCCAAAAAUGUCAAGGAAAAAGCAGAAGUCAGUAAACAAGCAUCAGUUAAUAAUAAAAAAUAAAAAUAAAAAACAGGAAAACCAAUCGCAACGAAUUGCAAAAAAUAAAAAGCUGAACUGUUUGACACAGAGGUAGAAAGACAAAGUGGUAGAGAAGGUGAAGGGAACACAGCUUAUAUACACAUGAGGUGGAGGGCGACAACAAGACACAGGUGAAUCUAAUGAGGGCGGGGCAUACAAUCAAGACUGGAGGGAAAACACACAGGUGCAGGAAGUGAAGUGAUCUGAAACGAGAGCCGAGGUAAGUUUCACAAUAAGACAGGAAAUAUGAAACAUGAACGAAAGAAACAAAAAACAUUACCUUCAGGGGAAUGCCGGGAUGUAUCACAUAAAGUUUCAUUAUUCAUUAUUCUUUAAUGCACGUGAAUAACACAAUAUUAAUAUUGUUCAAUGUGUCAUUGAUAGAAAAAAACAACUCCCAUUUGACCUGCUCACUGGCCAAAAACCACAUAUUCUUUGUAGUAUAUUUAUAUUGUAUUAUUUCCUGUGGCCCUGUCAUUACAUAAGCCCCUCCUUGUUGUUUGCAAGUGUCUCUGUCACUCUCUCGUUCCGUAUAUUCACUCACAUUUCAGUAGUUCUUACCAGUUUGAGUUCAAGUGUAUGAUCCUUUUUGUCUGUUUCCUGACUCGGCCUUUGCCUGCUGAUUUUGUACAUGAUGUGCACGUGUGCUGACCUUUCAUUUUUCCUCAAAUAAAGACGCUAGUUUCAUCUA